AUGUCGACCACCACUACAUCUGCCUCGGCCUCGGCGACCUGCGGCGCCCGCCUAUACGACAUCCCCGUCCAAGACGCCGCGUGCGCCCUCCCCUACGGCGGCAACCACACCGACAUCAUGUCGGCCUGCUGCAAAUCGGCCGACGUCAUCUCCUACUACGGCGACUGCGGCGUCUACUGCCUGGCCCUGGACCAGAGCGUCGCCGACCUGACGAGCUGCCUGUUUGACCAGGGCGCCGCCGACCAGGACGUCUUUUGCCGCGGCAACACGACGGCCACGGCCACGGGCUCGGGCGACUCGGUCCCCACCAGCGCGAGCGCCAGCGUUGUUGCCAGCGCCACUGGCGAUAGCAGCAGCGGGUCCGGCACCUCGACUGGCUCCGGCAGUGCCUCUGAAACCUCCAAGAGUGCUGCUGCCCCUCGAUCGCAGGCUGCCGUCGGCGUCACCACUCUCGGUCUCACAAUUGGUGCUCUGCUCUUUUCGGCCACGACCCUUGGUGCCUUUGCCUUGUAA